GCACAAUACGCGGGUAAAUACCGUACCUUGACCCAGCGUUGAAGUCGGCGUUAGUCUGGUUCGGGGAGCUAUCGUCGGAAGACAAGUUGAACAGUUUAAAAUAUUCUAAUUCCAACUUCUACGAGUGUUUUCAACCCCCGGGAGAGGCGAAUUUUCAACAGAUGGAUGCUCUCGACUCAGAUGAUGUUCGUUACCGUGGCAACCAGAAUGCGGAUGACAGCCAGCCGAUUACGUACGACAGUACGAUUUCCUUGAAGAAACAGGUGGGGCUGAUCAGUGGGGUGGCGCUAAUCGCCGGAACCAUGAUUGGUUCUGGUAUCUUCAUCUCGCCCACUGGCGUUUUAAUCGCUACAGGAUCCGUUGGUCUCAGCAUGGUAGUGUGGGCAGGGUGUGGAAUUAUUGCCAUGCUGGGUGCCCUGACGUACGCAGAGUUGGGUACCCUUAUUACAAAGUCGGGUGCCGAGUACAGCUACCUGUUCGAAGCGUUUGGUCCUAUCCCUGCUUUCCUGUACGCGUGGACGUCGGUUAUAGUGACCAAGACGUCAUCUAUGGCUAUUAUCUGUCUGGCGUUCGCCGAGUACGUCUUUGACCCGAUUUUUGAUGACUGCGGACCACCGGAAGUGAUCAAGAAGCUACUUGCAGCUGCCGCUGUAGUUACGAUCGCUGUCAUCAACUGCUACAGUGUGAAGUUGGCCUCGUGGGUUCAAGUGGUGUUCACAUUCAUCAAGAUCGCUGCUCUGGUCAUCAUCAUCGUUGGAGGGUUCGUCAAACUCGGAGAAGGAAACACGCAGUAUUUAGCAGAAGGCUUCAAAGAUUCAGUGCAGUCGCCUUCUGUCAUAGCGUUGGCCUUUUACGAUGGACUGUGGGCUUACGACGGUUGGAACAACUUGAACUAUGUCACAGAAGAACUCGUCAAUCCAUAUGUAAAUCUUCCACGUGCUAUUUGGAUCGCGUUGCCACUGGUGACGGUACUGUAUUUGUUGACAAACAUCUCGUACCUGAGUGUCAUGUCAAAAGAGAAAAUGAUUUCAUCUCCAGCAGUUGCGUCGACGUGGGCGACGCGAGUUCUCGGACCUGCAGCCGUGCUAGUCCCCAUCUGUGUGGCAUGCUCGACGUUUGGUGCCGCCAACGGAACGUGCUUCACUGGAGGAAGAUUGGUGUAUGCUGCCGCUCGGGAAGGCCACCUACCGGAAAUCCUGUCUUACGUCCACGUGAAGAAUUACACCCCACUGCCAUCUUUAGUGCUCACGACAUUCAUAGCUCUGUUGAUGAUCAUCCCGGGAGACAUCUACUCACUGAUAGAUCUCUUCAGCUUCGCUUCCUGGCUCUUCUACGGGCUGACCUUCGCGUCCCUCGUCGUGCUGCGUUUCACCAAGAAACACGACCACAGGCCGUACAAGGUUCCGAUUAUCAUUCCAAUACUGGUAACGCUCAUCGCGAUCUACCUGGUGAUCGCGCCGAUCGUCCAGAACCCCAAGAUUGAGUUCCUCUACGCCUUCAUCUUCAUCCUGGCGGGCAUGAUCUUCUAUAUUCCAUUUGUGCACUUCAAACUUCGAAUCAGAUGUUUAGAUUACGUCACAGCGUGGCUGCAGUUAGUGAUGGAAGUGGCGCCCUCUAAGUACGAGCCAGUCGUCUGAUGUGAGAAAUCCACAACUAGUAAAAGCCUCAUUGUCGCAAUUCCAUCAGUUAAAGCAGCAGUAUCGACUAUAUUAUAACACCAUUUACUAAUGCAAAAUACAAACACAGAUACAGUUUUAAUAAAUUCGUGUGCUAUUGCUACCAACUGCCUAUUUACGUACGACUGGCUGCUCCUAAGUGACGACCAGGUCACCACUGCCAUACAUCCAAUGAAAAAACCAGCAUGAACGUAUAUUUCACCUGACAAUCAUUUGUCUGUGACGCGUAAGUUAGCUACAAGUGCAAAGGCUGUAAAUAACUUGUAGAUGUUAAUAUUUGAUGUUAAAGAUGUACAGUGUACAACUAAACAUGUCACAUGCAUCUGUACUCAGAGUGUCGGUAUGGUGAAAAUUGAAUUUGCUCUAGACCUAUUUUUCACAUAAUAAACUACAAAAUUCGAAGAUUGAAACUUGACAGGAAUAGUGCAUUCUACUUGCUCAAGUAUUGAAAACCUUCAGGAUAAUGGGGCUUUAAUGUUCGGUAACGUUCGAUAACGUUCGGUACAUUUCGGUACAGUUCGGUUCAGCUCAAGUUUGAUUGAUCUCCUAGAGAGUAUUGUUGUUAUACUCGGGUUGCAAAUGUUGUUUUAUCAUUUAUCACAUAUAGUAUGUAUUACUGUUCAUGUAGACAAUUGUGCUAUAGAUGCUCGUCUAAUGUCUGGGUUUUAUAUGUAUAACCAUCAACUCACUAUUUUAUACUUCUUGAAUAGUUGAAUAGUAGAAAAAAAGGUAUGCGAAUUAGAAAAUGUUUACACAAAAUCAGUUUAUUAUUGCAUCUGUUAAUGGGACAAUUUUCACUUUGACACAUCGCUUUUAAAAACUGGGUGCUUAGUAUAAAAUAAAAUGUCAAAAGGUGCUGUGACCAGCAAGGUUUUUAAGUGGGAUUCAGUCAUGCUGCACCGGAAAAUACAUUACAAAAAAUAAAUAAAUAAAUAAAUAAAAGAGAAAAUAAAUUUGAUUGAGAAGGACGGGGGUUUCGACCCCGAUCCCCUCCCCUCCACGCAUAGUGUACAUAGAUUAUAAGUCGCAACAUAAUAAUGCACUUUUUGUAAUAGAAUUUUAAAAAAUGUGUGCCUAAAUUUGCAAAUCUACUUGAUGGUUUGUUUAUUUUUUGAUAUGACGUAUUUUUAUAUUAAUAAAAAUUAAUCAGUUUUUA